GACCCGAGUCGGACUCGAAAACGGCUUAGGGUUGUCCUCAGAUGUAACUCACCCUCCGUAUGUCGCCGUUGUUCUGAAGGAAGCGGAGAGGGGAAGAUGGCGGUGGACAUGGGGAAGCUGCGAUGGGGGGAGCUGGAGGACGACGCGGAGGACCUGGACUUCCUGCUGCCGCCGCGGGUGGUGGUGGGGCCUGACGAGAACGGGGUGAAGAAGGUGAUCGAGUACCGGUUCGACGAGGAGGGGAACAAGGUGCGGGUCACCACCACCACCCGCGUCCGCAAGCUCACCCGCGCCCGCCUCAGCAAGCGCGCCCUCGAGCGCCGAUCCUGGCCCAAGUUCGGCGAUGCCGCCCACGAGGACGCCGGCGCCCGCCUCACCAUGGUCUCCACCGAGGAGAUCAUCCUCGAGCGCCCUCGCGCCCCCGGUAGCAAAGCCGAAGAGCCAAAGGUCGCUGGAGAUCCAUUAGCUGCCAUGGGCAAAGCUGGUGCCGUCCUUAUGGUGUGCAGGACCUGUGGCAAGAAGGGUGACCACUGGACAUCGAAGUGUCCUUACAAGGAUCUCGCACCGCCAACGGACAGCUUCAUCGACAAGCCCCCAGGUGCUGAGACCGUUGCGUCGCAAUCUGGCACUGGCAAGGGUGCGUAUGUGCCGCCCAGCAUGAGAGCGGGUGCGGAGAGGAGUGGGACGGAGAUGAGGCGUCGGAAUGAUGAGAACUCCGUGCGUGUCACCAAUCUUUCGGAGGACACCCGUGAGCCGGACCUGAUGGAACUCUUCCGGACCUUUGGCCCUGUCACUCGUGUGUAUGUUGCUGUAGAUCAGAAGACUGGAGUCAGUCGAGGUUUUGGUUUCGUCAACUUCGUCAACAGGGAAGACGCAGAGCGAGCCAUCAACAAGCUUAAUGGCUAUGGCUAUGACAACCUCAUUCUGCGAGUCGAGUGGGCGACACCAAGGCCCAAUUGAGUCUCUUCUGGCUUCAAGCUGUUCAGAUGAGGAACCUUUUCUUUCUGCUGCUUUUUGUUUUGUCCGUAAACUUGAUAUUGAGAUUUGCACAUUUUGCAUGAUGCUAAAUUGUUUCUAAGAACGCAGCAUAUUGGUUCGGAUAAUGCUUGCACUACUGUUAUUAUUAUUAACAUUAUUAUCUG